AUGAAAGGCGACUCAGAGUCCACUUUAAACCUGGUAGAAACAAACUACCCAGGCUUGUCUGAUCUCAUAAUCCAAAUACGGAUGUAUCUCACAGAAAAACUCUACCAUGAGUUGACUGGAUCGUUGAUAACAUUAAUGUCCGAUAAAAAUGUAUCAUGUGAUGAUAAAAUACAAGUUUUCGAGACAGUAGUACAUCCACUAAAAGAUUCACUAAAUACUUUGAAGUUUUGCACUCUACUACGUCUAUCAUCGGAGUCAUUAGAUCCUAGGGUGGCCCUGGAACAUUUGUGUAAAUAUGAUAAGUUCAUGGAGAAAGAAACCGAAGCAUUCGUAAUGUUGCAAAUUGCCAAGUCUUAUCACUAUGUAAAGAGUAAUCAAAUGAAAGAAUGCGAUACGCUUUUAGACUCCGUAAAGGAAAUUGUGACUAAUACAAUGGGCUUGGACAUCUCAGUACAUAGCUCUUACUAUCAUGCCUCAGCGUUCAUGAAUAAGGCCUGCAAAAACUACUCUCAGUGCUACAAAGAUUCUAUAAUGUAUCUGGCAUAUACAUCGUUGAAUGAUAUCUCCGACACUGAAAAGACUAACAUCGCUAUUACUCUCACAAUUUCAGCCAUUAUAGCUCCGGAUUGCUUUGGGUUCGGAGAACUUAUACAUCAGCCUAUAAUCGAAACACAGCUAAAAGGUGAUCACCAGUGGCUCCAUGAACUUUUACACAUUUUUAACGAAGGUCAUUUGCAGCUAUUUGAUGACGCACUGGAACGUCACAAGGGAAAAAUCGUACAUACAGAACUAAACGGACAUGAAUCGCAAUUGAAAUAUAAGCUUACACUAAUCGCUCUGCUUAAUUUGGCAUUCAGGAAGCCUAAUAAACAGAGAUGUGUAACAUUCCAAGAAAUAGUAGAGCACUGCAACAUUCAAUUGAAUGAAGUUGAACCUUUUAUCCUCAAAGCAUUGGCAUGUAAACUUAUCAAGGGUAGCAUUGAUCAUAUACAAGAAGUCCUGAGAGUUACAUGGGUUCAACCAAGGAUCUUGGAUUCUAACAAGUUGGAGUUCGUACGACAAAGGCUAAAGGGGUGGAUAACCUCAACCAACGAACUAGUUAGUGGACUAGAACAACUCUCUUCUAAUGCUGCAGGGUAAAUGCUACUAAUAG